GACCAUGUUCAUCUGCAAGUAAAAGUAACCAUCACCAUUUGGAAUAAAUGUAGAUAUUGCUUUUACAGCACCAGUAAAACUUGCCUUGUUUUUUCCUUUAGGUUCCUGAUUGUGACAGAACAUUUGCUGAAAUGUCCAGAACUGGUAAAAGCCCUCUAUGCCAAACUGAGCAAUCAAGAAAGAGUUACUUUGUUAGAGCUGCUGAUGGUGAAAGUCAAUGACAAGAACUCAGUUAGCAGUGAGGAAAUGGAUGUGUUUGUUCAACACGCUGAGUUCCUUGCAGGCUGUUUCCAAGAGAAUUGUGGAGCUGUGCUCAAGUUAACUGCUGCAGCAGAUGCAGAAAAUGAGGAGGCGCUGGUGACAAUUCGUCUUCUCGAUGUUCUUUGUGAAAUGACCUCAAACARCAACCAACUGGAACAUCUGCAGGCAUUCCCUGGUUUGCUUGAAACAGCCAUAGAUACUCUGAGGUUAACUCACCUUGCUGGAAAACAGGCUGUAAAUAUUUUCACUGCCACACAUGCUSUGACAGGGCAGGAAGAAAUUGCCCAUCCAGCUGUGGGUUUUAAAUCUCAUCUCAUUCGUUURAUUGGAAAUCUGUGUUACAAGAAUAAGGAAAAUCAAGACAAGGUGUAUGAAUUGGAUGGCAUUUCCUUGAUUCUGGACAACUGCAGCAUUGAUGACAACAAUCCUUGUAUCCUUUACAAAAGAAUUCUGUUUACUGAAUAUGAUUCAUGAGAAAAUGUGUGGGGGUUUCAUGGAUUUAUGACACUAUUGCUUUCACUGGGUAUUUAAAUGGAACUGGCCUCAUGAGCUUCUAGGUUGUAUUUUAAUUGUUCUGAAGUGAGCAAGGGCACAAAUAGGUUUCCGUGAAUGGAUUCCAAGUAAGUUAACUGUAGUUAUAUUCURUUUCCUAAAACAAUAUUACUGGUUUGAAAGUGUGC